UGGGGCUAUGACCUCCCGAAAAUGUCCAUAGCCCCUAAAUCCCCCCCCCCUAUUUGCACCUAUGACAACACGACAAUUAAUUUGAAGUUUUUUGCAAAAAAAACCAUCCAAUGGGUUGACAUAAAAACAACAUAACAAUAGGUACCUAUAUAGUAUAUAACGUAGGUAUUAAAAUAGUUGAUGAGAGUUAGCAAUACAUUAAGUAUUUUCAGAAGGAGGUUUCUGGUUGAAAAUUGAAUCUUGUUUGUAGUUUGGUUUUGGUAGGUCAAAGUUAUUUCUCAGUACUUUUUACUGAAAAAUCCUCAUACAAAUAUUAAUAUUAUUGUUAAAACAAUAAUUUAUUGUACUAAGCAAACCUCGGGUAAUAAAAAGUUUAAAUUUCUUCUCCCAGGAUCAUUUUUCAUCGUAUACAAAGACUAGUCAUUGAAUUCAAAUAUAACACAUUUAUUACAGUGACGUACUCAGAGCAAAGUGGGGUUAAAUAUACUUGCGACGGACAAAUAAAUAUUUCAAUGUUUAAAAAAAUGGAGAAAAAUAUGUAUUGAGUAAAUUGUUUUGAUUUUUUUUUAGGUAUAUGAGUGUGUUAUUGAUUGGGUAAAACAUGAACUUGAUUGUAGAAAAUGGUUUUUGACCGAUUUAAUAGAACAUGUACGAUUGCCAUUCACUUCAAUGCAGUAUAUAUUUAAAAACGUAGUUGAUGAACCUCUGCUUAAAUGUAAUCCUAUACGUAUGAUUUUUGUAACUUUACCUAAAAUUGCCUAUAUUGUGAACGUCAUCUUAUAUAAUAGCAAUAUUUUAGAUAAAGAUUAUGCAUUAGAAGCAUUACAUUUUCAUAUGCUUAAAACACAACAGUUCAUCACUAUUCCAAAAACAAUUCGGUGUGUGCCAAGACAACCGGAUUGGUCAGAAUCUAUGGAAAAAUACAAUAUUAACUGGUAUGACCCAGCAACCAACAUAAUAUGGAAGAGAGCACCAGGACCAGGUAUGAGGGAUGGCUGUCGGCCAGUCCAUAUUGCCUUAUUAACAGAUAAAUUGGUAUUUGCUAUUGGUAGUAAUUAUUAUUUACCAAGAACCCGGUCUGUUCAAAUGAUUGAUUUAUCUUCACAAUCCUUCCGUUGGGAUCCCAUGGAUAAUAUGAUUGUCGAUCGUAGAGAUUUUCAAGUUGGUGUUUUAAAUAAUCAUGUGUAUGCUAUUGGCGGAUUUAAUGGUUCUAGUUCUGGAAGAAGUGCAGAGGUUUUUGAUAUCGAUAUUCAAGAAUGGGAAAAAAUACCUAAUGUGUCCUGUAAGAGAAGAUGGGUUGGUGUUGGAGUACUCGAUAAUCUUUCAUACGCGGCAUGAGGUUAUGAUAGCUUAACCAAAAAACGUUUGAAUUCUGUUGAAUGUUAUGAUCCCAGUCUUGACAUAUGGACACAAAUUGAAGAUAUGUCUAUAUGCCACAGUAGUGUU